GCCCAGGGCCCAUUGCAAUAUGGUAUGCGGAUUCUGUCUACAAGCUUGCCAAAAUGCCAAAACUAUCGCAGCAGAAACAACACUUUAUUCCUUGGUUCCUCCUGAAAAGGUUUGCUCCGGCAGACCAGCCACCAGCGAGGCCGGCUGCUUCUUCCCAAACCAGAGCACGCCGUCGCGACCUUCUUCUCAACAAGAUUGACCUGGAGAGCUCUAUUCUGACCCAGCGACCAGUAUCGAUGGAGUUCACUCUCGUCGACAUGUACCGAGACCCUGGAUUUGAUGACAACCCCUACCACCUGGAGGAAAAGCUAUCGAAGCUUGAAGGAGAAGCGAGUGAAAUCAUCAACAAAGUCGUUACUACAUUUGCGAAAUCACCGGUACUCGAGCUCAAGAGGCCUGAAGUGGAUACUCUUCGCAAGUUCCUCUUCCUGAUGAAGUAUCGAAGCAGGGGGUUCUUCGAGCGGUAUAAUCACGAUGAUGCCCAGGACUACGACGCUGACGACCGGCCAAGAAUGCUGCAAUACAUGGCAAACAAAGGGUUUACCAAACCUCGUGAUGUGUGGUUUGAUAAUCUCAACCAUAUGUUGGAUCUCAAAAUGGACGCCGCGAAGACCUGGGGACGUACCCUCCGUGCCCAGAUCUAUCCCGACGACGCCUUGAUGUUUGAGCUGCAUCUCCUGCAUAGCUAUAUGUCGUUCUGUCAACCUCAGAAUACCGAGGAAGAGUUUCUUCUCACUGAAAAUUCGUUUGGUAUAUUCGAAGGUCCUUCAACAGUGCGUAAUGAGGUUAUGCCCGGCAAGCAAAAGACAUCCCCAGUCGUUUACACCGAGUAUCAUAAUUUCGCCCCGAUAUCCCCUCGACUCUUGAUUGUCCUACGAAGUGGAGUGCUGCCAACCCCUGGCGAUAAUAGCGAGUCUGCAGAAAUCCGCAGCCAGCUUGCAGCGGCACUGCGAUCUGACCAUCUUGACCCAGACGAAGCAGGAUCCAUACUAGAAGACCUCCCCGUUCGGCCGUGCAAGGUAUUGUAUGACCAGGGUGUUGUUGACUCUCCGGCGUCAUUCAGAAAAAAUGAUAGAUUCCUCUUCCUGUGCUUCAAGCUCUCGUCUGCACAUAUGACUGCCAUUAGCAAUAUAUUCCUCGAGGAGGCGCACUCCACUUCCUCGAUCAUCUAUCACUCGCCCGUGGCGCUUCGAGCAGCGGUGGAGAACUAUUUCAAAGACAACGACCGGCGCCUGAAACAAGUGGUUGACAUUCCUGGCGAUAGACGGCGCUCGUAUUUUGGCACGCUAGAGAAAAUACUGCGUGACCUCGGUGGCUCAGCCAGAUGCAAGGUACACCCAUUCGAUCUCUCAAAGGCGCGGAUACGGGCUCACAUGGCCUUGAAUGUUGGCCUUAUCGUCGGAGUACAAUUGAUGGAACGCCAGAAGCCAGAUAAGUCAUUACCACGGGCAUAUACCCUGUUGAAGGACGGAGCAACCAUGGAAACAUUUUGGUACGACAUCGACCAGGCGAGCCGGCUGAUGAUGCUCAAGACCAAGCUCGACGGUGCACUGAGGAGAUCCGGACUAUCAGACCAGGAGAAAUUUGCAUUUCAAGCCCAGAGAAAUGCAUUUUUCAGCUCGUUUCCGGUCGAGAGGCUGUGGCUGUACUUCAAGAUUAUGCGGAAUAUGCGUCGGUGUGAUAUCGAUGAUCUUGUAACUAAUCCGCCUGAACUCGAGCUUCGAGGAGUGGAAGAUAUGUUUGCUGAAGAUAUCUCGAUGUUCCCUCAAAUGAAAGGGCAGAUUGCGCGGAAGAUGUAUCUUGAGACACUGUAUUCAAUACACUAAUAGAUGGGGACUUCGCUCACUCAAGCACAUUGUCAGAUUAAUCCAGACAGGAGACUGAUCACAGCACCUUGGACCAGCCGCAUCGUAUUAAACGUCAAAUCCAUCGGGCGAGAAGUUGGUUAAUGAACCCGGAAGCAUCUGGCAUAAUUUAUUGCGACCAGGAAGUCUCUCCACGUAGUUCAAGGCCCGGACCGUUGCGUGGCGUCUAUAGCAAACGAACCACCUUGCUUGAUUGGCAAUGGCUGCUCUCUAUAGGAAACCGCCAUCAGGAUAGUGGCCGGCUGGCCAAUCCAGGGCGCUGGACAAAACGCUACUUGGAAAUUCGGUCCUUUCGCGGUCGCUUCACCAAUGAUAUUUCUCGUCUGGUUGCUAGUAUUAGCGCUAAUAAUAAGAAGCACGAGUCUGAGGUCUCUG